AUGAAGGUUGAAGAACACAUUGGUGGUGUCCCACCACUUCCUCAUGAGAAGACAAGAAACGUUUCACAAUAUGGUCCUGUUAAAAGAAUGGUUAUUGUUGGUUUGGGAAUGACUGGGAUUGCCUUCUUGGAAAAAAUGCUACAAAAUGAUACUGCUGAAGAAUAUUUCUAUACUGUUAUUGGUGAAGAACCAUAUUUAGCUUAUAAUAGAGUUGGAUUAACUGAAUAUUUUGAACACAAGAAUUUCGACAAAUUGUUAUUAUCACCAAAGACUUUUUAUGAAGAAAGAAAUAGAGAUAGAUGGGAUUUUAAAGUUGAUGAAGCUGUUACUCAAAUUGAUAAAGAUAAAAAAUUUGUCAUAACAUCUAAAGAUAACAUGUAUGAUUAUGAUUUAUUAGUCUUUGCUACUGGUUCAAAUGGUGUUUUACCAACUCAUUUAUUACCAGAUCCAAUAAAUGGUGGUUCAAGAGAUGAUUAUAGAAACUAUAGAAAAAUGGGUUGUUUUGUUUAUCGUACUAUUGAUGAUUUAAAUUCAAUGUUGGAUUUUAGUGAUAAAUUAACUCCUCCAAAAGAUAUAACGAAAAGAGCAAUUGUUGUUGGUGGUGGUCUAUUGGGGCUUGAAGCUGGUAAGGCUUUAUUAGAUAUGAGAACUUUUGAUAAUGUCACUGUGGUUCAUAGAUCUAAAUGGUUAUUAUCUCAACAAAUGGAUGAAAAAGGUGGUGGUUUAUUAACUGAUAAAGUUCGUGAUUUAGGUGUCACUGCAAGAGUUGGAACCACAGUUGAUGAAUUACUUUUCAAUGAAGAAGGUAAAUUGAAAGGUGUUAAAUAUAAUGAUGGUACUAUAGAAGAUUGUCAAUUAUUAUGUUAUACUAUAGGUAUUAAACCUCGUGAUGAAGUUGCUAUUCAAGCUGGUAUUAAUUGCUCUUCAAGAGGUGGUUUAGCCAUUAAUAAUCAUAUGCAAACUUCAGAUCCAAAUAUUUAUGCUAUUGGUGAAUGUGCUUCAUGGAAUGAUAAAACUUUUGGUUUAAUUGCUCCAGGUAUAACAAUGGCUGAUAUUUUAUCUUUUAAUUUAAUUCAAGCUAAAUUUCAUUCUCCAAAGGAAUUUGCAGAACCUGACAUUGGUACAAGAUUAAAAUUAAUGGGUGUUGAUGUUGCUUCAUUUGGUGAUUAUUUUGCUGAUAAAAAUGGUCCAAAAUGGUUACCAAAAGGUUAUACUUUGAAAAAAGUUAGAUCUUUAGUUUAUGAAGAUCCAAUUGAAGGGAUUUAUAUUAAAUUAAUCUUGACUCAAGAUGGUAAAUAUUUACUUGGUGGUAUUCUUGUUGGUAAUACAAAACAAUUUACAAAAUUUACAUCAAUUGCUAAACAAAGAAAACCUUUACCAUGUCCAGCUUCAGAAUUCAUCUUGGGAAAAGGUGGUGAAGAUGAUGAAGAUGCUGAUAUGUUAUCAGAUGAUACUCAAGUUUGUUCAUGUCAAAACAUUUCAAAAGGUAUGCUUGUUGAAAGUAUUAGAGCUGGUAAAUCUGGCUCAUUAGGUGAAUUAAAAUCAAAUACAAAAGCUGGUACUUCAUGUGGUGGUUGUGAACCAACAAUGAAGGCAAUUUUUGAAUCUGAAAUGAAAAAAAUGGGUAAACAAUUAUCAAAUGCUCUUUGUGUUCAUUUUAAAGAAUCAAGAGCUGAUUUAUUUUCACUUAUUAUGGUUAAACAAUAUAAAUCUUUUAAACAAGUUAUGCAAAAUCUUGGUUCAAAACCUGAAGCUGCAGGUUGUGAAAUUUGUAAACCAACAAUUGGUUCAAUUUUAUCAACUUUAUAUAAUAGACAUGUUUUAGAUAGUGAUGUUCAUGGUUUACAAGAAACAAAUGAUAAAUUUUUAGGUAAUAUUCAAAGAAAUGGUACUUAUUCAGUUAUUCCAAGAAUGUCUGGUGGUGAAAUUACACCUGAAAAAUUAAUUUCAAUUGGUAAUAUUGCACAAAAAUAUGAUUUAUAUACCAAAAUUACAGGUGCUCAAAGAGUUGAUUUAUUUGGUGCUUUAAAACAAGAUUUACCAAAAAUUUGGGAAGAAUUAUAUGCUAAUGGAUUUGAAUCUGGUCAAGGUUAUGGUAAAUCUUUAAGAAAUGUUAAAUCAUGUGUUGGUUCUACAUGGUGUCGUUAUGGUAUUGGAGAUUCUGUUGGUUUAGCUUUAAGAUUAGAAGAAAGAUAUAAAGGUAUUAGAUCACCUCAUAAAAUGAAAGGUGGUGUUUCAGGUUGUGUUAGAGAUUGUGCAGAAUUCCAUUCAAAAGAUUUUGGUCUUUGUGCAGUGCAAAAUGGGUUUAAUGUUUAUGUUGGUGGUAAUGGUGGUAUGAAACCUGCUCAUGCUCAAUUAUUAAAAGCUGAUUGUGCACCAGAUCAAGUUAUUCCAUUAUUGGAUAGAUAUUUAAUGUUUUAUUUUAGAACUGCUGAUAGAUUACAAAGAACCGCAAGAUGGUUAGAAAAUUUAGAUGGUGGUAUUGAAUAUUUAAAAGAUGUUGUUGUUUUCGAUAAAUUAGGUAUUUGUAAAGAAUUAGAAGAUCAAAUGAAUGAAUUAGUUGGUCAUUAUUUUGAUGAAUGGAAAGAAGCUGUUGAUCAACCAGAUAAGAAAAUUUUUAAACAAUUUGCAAAUACUGAUAAAGAACAAGAAAAUGUUGAAAUUAUUAGAGAAAGAGGUCAAAGACGUCCAGCUGAUUGGCCAGAAAAUGAUAAAGUUGAAAGAAAAGAUUUUAAAAAUAUUAAAUGGUCAUCAACUUCAUGGAAGGCAAUCUGUCCUUCAUCUGAAUUACCUGAAAAAGAAGCUGGUUCAUCAACUACAGUUUUAGUUUCUGAUACUCAAUUAGCUUUAUUUAGAUUAGAUAACAAAUUAUAUGCAUCACAAAAUAUGUGUGGACAUAAACGUGCUUUUGUUUUAUCACAAGGUAUUAUAUCAACAGAUGAAAAUGAUAAUGUUUAUAUUUCAUGUCCAUUACAUAAAAAGAAUUAUAAUUUAGAACAAGAUAAACCAAAUGCAGGUGCUUGUAAAAAUGAUGAUAAUUAUUCAGUGGCAUUAUUUGAUAUUAAAGAAGAUGAUGAUAUGAUUUGGAUUAAUUUACCACCAGAAGAUGAAUUAGAUGAAAUGUUGGGUACAACUAAAUGGAAAGUUAAAAAAGAUGAAUCUAUAAAUGAAGGUAUUGCAACUUUUAAGAAAUUAGAUAAUAAAUUUAAAAUUAAAGUUCCAGUUAGAGCUCCAAUUGCUUCAACAGGUGGUGGUGGUGAUGCAGCUUUAGAUUGGUGA